GAACAGAAAAUUGGGAAAAGGAGGGAGCUUUCAGUAGAUACGCCUCCGUCGAUUGCCCGCAACAAGAAAGAAGAAGAAAAAAACGAAAAGAGCAAGUAAGAGCGAGGCAAAAUUGAUCAGUUCAUCAAUUCAUAGUCUAUAGGGAAGGUAAUGUGAAGAAUGGGUUCUCAAAUUGAGUCAACACAGGAAGUUAAUUCAGUUUUGAGUUCUGGGCCAAAACCUGAAGAAACUAAUAUGGAUGCUCGGGUGCAAGCUAUGUGGGAGCAAAUGAAUAAAGGGUUCAGUAAUAAGGCUGCCAUACCCAUUUCAAAUAAACGCAAUAGUUCAACCAUGAAUGCUAGUUCACACAAAUCCAAUGAUAAUUGGAUGACAUAUCUAGGUCUCGAGCCAAAAAGGACAGAAUACUCUGGUCAAGAUGAACAGCAGAAAGGAGCAAGUGGCUCACAGGAUGGCUCCAAGAGAGUAUCCAAUGACACACUUGCAAACCUGUCUAAAUCAUCUUUGGAUAAUUCUUCACAAAAGAAGUCCGAUAACUGGAUGGCUUAUCUGGGUCUGGCAACAACGAAAAGAGAAACCUCUGCACAAGGUGAAUUGCAAAAAGCAUCUAAUAGCUUGCAAAAUCCCAUUGGCGAUGAGGCCAGAAAACUUGCUGCUGCUGCUCUCUCAGCAGUCAAGGAUGCUGCAGCUACUGCUGCUGCAUCAGGCAGGGGUAAAGUUGAGAUCACAGAGGUAAGGGAUUUCGCUGGCCAGGAAAUUGAAUUUAAGAAACUUGUUGAUGCUGAGUCAAAAGAGGCUGCUGAAAAGGCCAGAGCUACUGCACCUUCUGCAGUGGAUGCUGUUCUAGAACAAAUUAAGAAGAAACCUAAGCUCAGUGUGCUCGACAAGACAAAGAAAGAUUGGGGAGAAUUUAAAGAAGAGAAUAAGGGGUUAGAAGAUGAAUUAGAUGCUUAUAAGAAGAGCUCAAACCAGUAUCUGGAUAAGGUUUCCUUCUUGCAACGAACGGAUUACCGAGAAUUCGAGAGGGAGAGAGAUGCGCGUUUAGCUUUACAGGCCAGGAGAAAGACAGAUAUGCGAGAGGAUGAUGUCUAAGCUUUUAGUACUUCCAUCUUGCUAACCUGUUGUGGAUUUGCAAGGUGAGCAUGUGAAAAUCAGGGCUUAAACCUGGAUUCUUAAAAUGUAAUGAAGGGACGUGAGGCCUUCAUAGGGAACUGUCUAUUGAUGGUCUGUAACGAAUUGGUGUUGCUCACACAAAUGCGGAUGGGAAUUUUCUGCGAAUUUUAAUGUUACUUGUCAAGGAAAAGAGACCAGGGGGAGCGUUGCUAAGCAAAUGUUUAUGCACUUCUAUUUUUCACUAGAUGGUUUAUUGUUCUC